AUCGUUCCCCAGCCACAAGCGCGACGAGGCAAGAAACCGUCACCUCCGGCCUUCCAUCACCAUCAUCGUCAGGUCAUCACCACCCAUUUUCCUUCUCUAACUGCAUCCGGUGACAGGCAGUAGCAGAAUCCAGAAGCCGAGUAUGGGGAAAUCUUCUUCUAGGAAGAAGAAACGCUCCGAUGCUUCCCCUCUCGGCCGUACCAGGAGGAAGGGCAAGACCAAGAGCAAGAGAACGCGGAAUAAAUCGAAGAAACUUCGUCGUCGUCACGAUUCUGAUUCCUACUCGAGCGACUAUGAUCCAUACGGUUCCUCAUAUUCCAGUUCCGAGGAUGAUCAUAGGCAUCGGAGGAGGUCAAGGUCUCUCACACGCAGUACUGCACGGGGAAGUAAGAAAAGGGAUCGGAGGCACUCUUACAGCUCUGACAGCAGUGCAGAGCCGCGUCCGUCUCGGAAGAGGAAGGUGUCUAAAAGAAAUGAUGAUUCGGGUGCCAGGAAGAAAGCCCACAAGAAGAAACCUAAGAGACGUGCCAGUGUUAGCUCGACUAGUGGUGGUUCCUUGAGCUGCUCAACAUGUGAUAGUGGAAGCAAGAACAGUGGGGAAAAUGACUUUGAGAGUCAACGGGGCAGGUCUAGGAGAAGAGAGAAACAUAGACGGGAUGCUGCCAUGGGUAAGGCUUCAGCUGAAAGUAGUAGAUACAGGCCAAGGGGCACUUCUUCCUGCAGCAAAUGUAGCAUGAGUAGUAAUGAUCGGAAUGAGGAGAGAGUGGUCAGUGCCAGUAAUUCAAUGAGGUUGAGAUCUGUUAUUAUGGUGAGUGACAAGGCUGAGGAGAGAAAUUUGGACAGAGAUGAGCAGAAAGAAGAGAUUUUAUAUGAUAACGAUGACUAUCCUUCAUCCCGAAGCAAUGACAGUAAUGAUGGUGGGAGUAAGAAGGAAUUGGCUGAUCAAACCUAUGUCGAGUCCGAGAUGAAAGGGCAAGUGGGUAGUGAGGAGUUUGCAGAAGCCGCUACACCUAAUAAAACUGGCACCGGAGUUGUAGAGAAUAGUGGAGGUGGCAGGGACCAAUAUGAUGCAAGUAAGCCAUCCUCGGAUGUGGCUCCUUCUCUUAAUACUGUUAAAGGACAUGAGACGGUCGUUUCUGAUAGUGCAGCUGAUGAGGAUUUAGAGUCAGUAUUGAGGCAAAGGGCCCUGGAGAACCUAAAAAGAUUUCGAAGGAUUGAUAAGGGCCGUGGGGUUUCUGAUCGUCGUGAAAAUAAUAGUGAUUUGAAGCAAAUUCCAAUUGUUACUACUGAAUCGGCUCAAAUGAAUUCCCCUAAGGAGGAUCCUGUAGUAUCAGCAGACACAACUCAAAUCAAAGAGGAUAGUACAAGUGUUCGGAGGAGAAUUUCCACUAAUACGACCUCGGUUGAUGGAAAUAUUGGGAAUAAACAAUGUGAAGCUGCUAGUGCUAGGCCAUUAUCAACUCUCAGAGGGUCAGUUCCAGCGACUGAUGGUGAUUUACUUGGAGGAAAUCUGAUCCGUAGAGGUGAUUUCGCUGCUAAUAAACCAAGGGUGACACAAUUCACAUGGAGGCGGGAUUCGGCAAGAACUGAACUCACCUCUCAGGAAUUGCCUCAUCCCACUAAAGAACCGGCUCAAGCUAAGCCGUUGGAGACGAAAACUUCUGCUAAUAAGAUUUCUGCUAAUUUGGCCAAAGUUGGGACUUCUGGUGACAAAUCUGGCAACACUGAAGUGAAUAAGCAAUGUGGUUCUGCUGCUACUGAACCUUCAUCGAGAUCUUGCAUUAAGGAACCACCUCAAGCUAAGCUGUUGGAGACGAAGGUUACUGCUAAUAAGAUUUCUGCUAAUACGGCCAAAGUUGGGACUUCCGGUGACAAAUCUGGUAACAAUGAGGUGAAUAAGCAAUGUGGUUCUGCUGCCACUGAACCUUCAUCGAGUUCUUGCACUAUAUCUUUACUCGGAGAAACGAACUCUGCUGAUAAAGUUAAAGAUGAUGGUAAGGAUGGGCCCCAGUAUGAACAGAAGACAAUGUCUGUUACUCGCGGCGGAGAAACCAUUCAGGUGAGCUACCAAGUUUAUAUACCAAAGAGAGCCCCUGCUCUCGCUAGAAGGCAACUUAAGAGAUGACAGAUUCAUGUUGCGUUGCGGGGCUCGUGGAGGUUCUCCUUUUGAAUGUGUAGCAUAUGUGUGUUGCUGAAGCCUCUCUAAGCUAUGGAAAGGUUCUUGUAGCUUGGAGGGAGCUUAAUCUGUUCUUGUUUUACUAAUCAAUGAAGUUUUUCCUGGUAAGCACUGAUCAGUGGUAUUUAUUGGCUCUUGAGCAGUCAUUUCCGGUUUAGAAUUGUCCUUCUAAGUUCAGAAUCGUUCUCCUAAGUUCUGAGCUUUGUUCCCAAGCAUGAGCUCGUCAACGUCAUAGUUUUCACUAUCUUAAUUUAGUCAAUGACGUAAAACAUUGCAUGGGAAAUUCCUUUUAACAUUUUAUGCA